UGACUUACCUGUACACUGUUGUGCACCGUGUUGCUAACAAGAUAACAUUUUUUUUUUUUUUAUAAUAAUAUAUUUUUUAAAAAUUAAUAAAAAAUAAGAAACAAUUAAAUCAAGUGCCAAUAAAAUUAACUCAAAAUAAUAAGUAAAUAAAAGUUGCUCUUUUGUUUAAUAAAAUUAUAAAUAAUGUACCGCAUAAACAAAAAAAGUUGACAAAUAAUUUACAUAUUGAAAGGAAAAAAAAAAAAAAAAAAACACCUCUGUGUUGACGUUUCACAAAGUUAACGAGAACAUUCGUUAUUUAAUAAUAAAAAUAUAAUAAAAAUAAUGUUCCAUAUUUUGGGAAUAAUAAUUGCAAAUAAUUUAGGAGAUGUUGAUGAUUAAAUAGUAGAUAAUAAUUAGUUAAAAAACCAGUGAUACUUUGUUUUAAUAAUUAUUUAAAAUGUUGAGAUUUUUAUCGAAACGUAGAGUAAGAAAUGACAAUGGUCAUACAGCAUCACCACAAAUCAAGAAUCAACGCCUCUUGAGUAAUAAAAAUAUUAUACAAUGCCAAGUUAUAUUAUUGGAUGGAACAGAUUUACCAAUUGAAUUAUCUAAAAAAGCACUUGCCAGUGAUUUAUAUGAACAAGUAUUCUACAGUUUAGAUUUAAUUGAAAAAGAUUAUUUUGGUUUACAAUAUACAGACAGUAAUAAUGUUAAACACUGGCUUGAUCCAACAAAAUUAAUUAAAAAACAAAUAAAAAUUGGACCACCAUAUACAUUGAGAUUAAAAGUAAAAUUUUAUUCAUCAGAACCAAAUACAUUACGUGAAGAAUUAACACGUUAUCAAUUUUUUUUACAAUUAAAACAAGAUAUAUUAGAUGGACGUUUACCAUGUCCACAUCGUACUUAUGUUGAGCUAGCAGCAUUAGCAUUACAAUCAGAACUUGGUGAUUAUGAUUCAACAAUUCAUACAGCAGCAACAGUAUCAGAAUUUCAUUUUGUACAAGAACAAACUGAAGAAAUGGAACUUGAAAUACUUGAAGAAUAUAAAAAUUAUAUUGGAUAUAAUCCAGCACGUGCUGAAUUAGCAUAUCUUGAUAAAGCUAAAUGGCUUGAUAUGUAUGGUGUUGAUAUGCAUACUGUUAUGGGAAAAGAUGCAUGUGAAUAUUCACUUGGUUUAACACCAACUGGUAUACUUGUAUUUGAGGGUAAUCAAAAAAUUGGCUUAUUUUUUUGGCCAAAAAUUGGACGUUUAGAUUUUAAAAAGAAAAAAUUAACACUUGUUGUUGUUGAAGAAGAUGAUGAAGGACGUGGUGAACAAGAACAUACAUUUGUAUUUCGUUUAGCUAAUGAAAAAGCAUGUAAACAUUUAUGGAAAUGUGCUGUUGAACAUCAUGCAUUUUUUCGUUUACGUGCACCAGUUAAAGGUGCUAAUAGUAGACAAAAUUUUUUUCGUAUGGGUUCACGUUUUCGUUAUAGUGGUAAAACUGAAUUUCAAACAACACAAUUUAAUCGUGCUAGAAGAACAGUACAAUUUGAAAGAAGACCAAGUCAAAGAUAUGCCAGAAGACAAAGUCAUGUUUUACGUGAACGUCAAAGAAAUUAUGAACCUCAAGCUCAACAACCCCAACAACCACAACAACAACAACAACAACAACAACAAGCAACAAUACCAGUUACAUCUGUUACAACAAAUUCUACAAAUUGUUCAACAACAAUUGCUGGUGAAUGUUCAUCAUUUGAACGUCAACCAAGUAAAACAAAUUCUGUAACAUCAAAAAAUAGUUUAACAUUUUGUACAACAACAGCAGCAACAACAGCAACAGCAACAACACCAACAACAAAUUCAUCACCAUCACCACUUGUUGAUUCAAUAUUAAAAAGUUUAGCUAAAGAUCCACAACCAAUGGAAUCAAAAAAUCAAACAACUGAAUUAACAUCAGAAAAAGAUGAUGAUAAUAAUAAAACAAAUAAUUUUAUAAUUGAUAAUAAUAAUACAUCAUCAAUUAAUCAACAAUCAUUACCUAAUAAUCAAGUUGGUGGUACAUUAUUAUUAUCAGCAAGAACACCAAUACCAUUAGAAUCAUUAAAGUGCAAUAUUCUUAAAGCUAAAUCAUUGGAAACUGAAAAAAAUUCAAAUUUAAUAUCUGUAUUACCAAUUGAUAGAACAAAUAAUAAUGAUUCUAAAAAUCAUUCUGAUGCUGCAACAAUUGUUUCUGUGGGUGGUGAUAAACUUACGUUGAAUGUGAGUGGUGCAGCAUCACCAAACAAUACACCAGCAGCUGAUGAUUCAGUAACUGUAACACAUUUUUCAUUGGACAGUUGGGGACAAAUUGCCCAAAAAACAACACCAUUUUGUGCCAAGAUUGUUAAUCAAUCACAAAAUCCAUUUAAUCCAUUUAAUAGUGAUAAUAUAAAUGAUAUAACAUCAUCAUCAUCAUUGUCAUCAAUACCAUCAUCACCAUCAAAAUUAUCAUCAACAAUUGAUAAUGAUAAAAAUGAUAUUAAUGAAAUAAUAACAAUUGAAAAUAAAAAUACAAAUCCAUUUAUUGAUUCAAAUCCAUUUUUGGGUUUGUUAAAUCCUUUUAAAGAUUCACAAUUAGAUACAAUUGUUGAAAAUAAAGAAGAGGAUAUUAAAACAACAAUUAUUACAACAAAUACUGAGGAAGUUAAUCCGUCCACAUCAACAAUUACAACAUUUACUCGUACGCAACAAGAUUGUACUGAUGCAUCUGAUAUUAGUCCUUGGCUAGUUGCUGAUCCAUCGACUCAAAAUAAAACCAACAAACCAACAACGAUAACAAUGAAAACAGUUAUAACAACACAACUUUAAAGGUGUUUAAUAACAAAUAUAUAUAUCAGUUUAUUAAUGGCGUAAUUAAGUAAUUAAUUUUUAAAAAAAUAGUCAAGCUGAACCUCGUAUAAAUAUGAUUUUUAUAUAUAUUUUUUUUUUUUCUUCUUCUGGAUUUAUAAUCAGUUGGGACCAAUGGCUGCUUAAAAUUUUAAUGUCAAUAUUGUUAUUAAUUUACAUUCAUAAUAAUUGUGUAACUAUUUUAAAUUAUACACUGACUACUAUUUUUUAUUAAUUUUAAAAACAACAAAAAAUAUAUAUAUAUUGAUUUUUAUUUUAUAUUUAUAAUGAUAAAUAUUAAUAAUUAUUUUCAUUAUUAUUAUUAUGAAAAAUAGUGUGUAGAAAACUAAGUCUUUAAUUAAUUAUUAUUAAUAAAACGAACAGUGCCUUGAAACUUUUUUAGAAUUAAAAUGAAUAUUUUUUAUUGUCCAGUUGGGAAAAAGUGCAUUUUUUAAAUGAAUAAAAAAAAAAUGUUAUUUUUUUUAUUUAAAUUAAUUUUUAAUUAAACUUUUAUUUUUCAUCAAGACUUGGUACUUAAAUUGAUAAAAAAUGUAUUAUUUUAUAAGAAGAUAAAAAUUUUACAUCAAUUACAAGAAUAUUUUUUUUGUCAUUAAAUAUUUUGACAUUAGAAAAAAAAUUUUAAUUAUCGUUACACAAGGCAGAAAUAUUAAUUUUAUUAUUUAAAUGUUAAUUUGGUAUUAUACAUACAUUAAAAUGAUUUUUUUUUAGUCAAAAAAAAAAAAAAGUACUAAAGCAAUAUAAUAUCAACAUUUUUUAAAAAUUAUAUCACUCUUGAUAGGACAAGAAAAAAAAUAAUAAAAAAACCUGUAUUGUGUGCCUCAAAUUGUUUCAUUUUAAUUCUUAAAUUUGUUACAGUAUUAUUCGAAAAUAAAAACAAAAUAAAAAAAUACAUACAGUGUCAUGGUUGUUUUGAAAUUUAUUAUUAUUUUUUUCUGUUGUUUUAUUUAAUAUAAUUGCCUCUUAUUUAUGAAAAACUAUUGUAUAAAAAAAAAAGAAUACUAUUGUGUAGAUUAUUCAGAAAAAAAACCAUGGAAUGUGAAUGUGUGCAAUACUAAUUAGUAAUAACUAAUUACAAUAGCCAAAGAACUCACACGCAAGUUCUCAGUCGUGCAGAAAAAAAAUAAUUAAAUAAUUAAAUCAAACAAAUAAAGUCUUAAAUAAAGCAAUAUUAUUAACAAAAAAAAAAAAAAGUUCUCGUCAAAUCAAAACAAAGCACUGAAAACUUUGGUCGUGUUGAUAAAUUUAUGUUGUAAAAAUUACAUCAUUAUUAAUUCAAGACAUUUCACUAAAAUCGAAGCAAUGGAAAGAUAAAAAAUAUCCACUGAUAAUUAAGAGACGAAAUUUUCGAAAGACUUUAUUCGUUAACAAAAAAAAAGAGCUGAUAGAAAUUUUUUUUUUUUUCUAUAAAUAAUUUAAGCACAUUCAUUUGAAAAAUAUGCAAAAGUAUUUUUUAUUUUUUUUAUUUACACAUUUGACUUGAAAUUAUUUAAAUUUUUUUUUUUGUCUUUAUCUGUGUUUAUCUUUUAUCUUUUUUAAUUUUUUUAAAAAUUAUCAUUAUUUAUUUUUAUGCUAUCUAAAAAAAACAAACGUCAGAAAUUGGCAUCUUCAUUGUUGAAUUUAUCUUAUCAGUUUUACUUUUUUUUUUUUUCUUUGUUAAUUUAUUUCUUUUCUAUUCAUCACAUUGAUAAAUAAAUUUUAAGUAUUAUUUUUAUUCGUCAAUUGUGUUAUUAGCAAUUGAAAUAAUAAAAAUAUUAUUUGCAGUAUUCUGACAAGUCUUAAUACUCAAUAUUAUUUUAAAAGAAAAAAAAAAUAAAACAAAAUUAUCGAUUGGAAUAGCUCCAAUUAAUUUUUUCCCAUUUCUUUUUUUUUUUCUCUACAUCAUUUCAUUUCUUUUUAAGUUUAUGAAAUUUUUGGUUUUACGCAAAUGAGAAACGUUAUUUAUUUAUUUUUGUUCCCAUUACUUGACUCGUGAAAAAUCUAAUUCUAUUAUCUGUUUUUUUGUAAAUUUGUUUACAUAGAAAUAUUAAUUAUAAU